AUGGCAGUCGAAAUACAACUGAUAAACGAAAUUGAGAAACAUGAACUCCUGUAUAAUUUCCUUCUACCACAGUAUAAUAGGAAGGAUCUGGUAGAAGAAGCUUGGGAAGAUAUUGCAGCGAGCACUAACAUGUCAAUAAGCGAUUGCAAAGAAAAAUGGCGGAACAUAAGAUCAUCGUUCUUGCGGAGUAUGAAACAGUGUGGUACAAAAAUAAAAAAGCCCUACUAUUUGACAGAAUAUCUGAGAUUCAUAGUGCCAUAUUUGAAGCCAACAGUUUCAGGAAUUGAGAGUGCAGAUGAAACUCAGUACCAUUCCCCUCAACAUGCAAAUGAACCAGAAACUCUAAUAAUAAAGACAGAACCAAUAGAUGACAAUGAUGAGAACCAGGAAGAAAGUAAUGAUAAUGUGAUUCUUAGCGACUUAUUGAGACAAAGGCCUGCGGUUACAAGAAAGAGACGGCGGUUUAUACCAGUGAAAAAACCGUACGCAGACCUUCGGCCACGAAGUAAACCAAUGACAUCAUUAGAAAGAAACGCAAACAAUGACUUAAAUCCAAAUAACAAUGCUAUGAAAAUGUUUCUUCUAAGUCUUUUACCAGAAAUAGACACGAUGACAGAAGACCAAAGAAGACUGUUUAAAAUUAAAACGAUGAUGUUGAUAGAUGAAAUUAAAGUUAAUUAUGAUCAAGUUAGACAAGCCACGUCUUCUAUAAAUGGCGAAAGACUGCAGAAGCGUUUGAUCAAUCUUCUUUUAAAGAAUUUACAGAAGAGUCCGAAAGAGAAUUCAAAAUCGAAAUAA